AUGCCUCCCGUCGCCGCCAACAACCUCCGACGGUUGUCAAGCUUCUCCCGGAGACGUGUAUUUCCUGCGCAUGUCAUUGCAGGAAGAAGAGUUGGCGGAUACAAAUACAUCUCAGUACAAGCGACACCAGCAACAGAUACCAGCAGAAUCGAUGUGGCCGGUAAAUCAGUCUCGGCAGAUUCACCAGAUGCCUCGUUUGAAGUCUUGGGAAGCCCAUAUUCUCUCCUCUCGGUCACUCUUUCUCCUUCCCAAGACCUUUACACACGUCGCGGCACGUUAGUCGGCUUUGGAGGAGGCCCUGAUGGCACCGUGUCCACCCUUCGGAUGCUGAGUCCCGUCCGCCGUGCGUUGGUCGGAAUACCUUUUCUGUAUCAAAAGAUCACUUCAACGUCUCCAGCGAGCGCUCUCAUAUCUACAAAAUCACCACACACCACCUUUGCGGUUUUGCAACUUGACGGCACGACAGACUGGAAGUUGGCACAGAGAAAAGCUUUGCUAGCAUGGACGGGCAGCACUCUUUCCGUGACACCGAGCUUGAAUGCAAGAUUGUCUUUGGCGUACUGGGGCAGUUCGGAUGUGACUGGGAGGGGUCUGCUUGCUCUUGCAGGCCAAGGGCAGGUCUAUGCCAUUGAACUUGCUCAAGGAGAAUCCUACACCGUCCAUCCCGCAAACGUCCUGGCCUAUUCGGCUUCCUCGCCUUCUCCCCUUCCUCAACCAUAUCGAUUCAAGUCCAACAAUAUCCGCUUGCAAAUACCACUUCAACUCGGGAACUGGUUCCCGUCCUCAAAGUUCAUCGAAACCUUGAAGACAAGCGAGACCUACAAGUUCAUAGCCAAUGCUCUUCUAAGGAUCCGUACCUGGAGUAGAAGGACCAUAUGGGGCGACAGACUCUUCUUACGGUUUCAAGGACCUACAACGUUGCUUGUUCAAAGCCGUGCUGCCAGAGUCAACGACGUUUUAACCGCUCAAGAAGUUAAUGAAAUUGCGGAUACUCCAGCUGGAACGGUCAGAGAGGCAAUCGGCAAUACCCAGAACCCUACAGGUGCGAGCACCUCUAGAUCAGGCGUAGCUGAAGCUGCAUUACCUCCUCCAGGGAAUCAACCAAAAGUCUCGAUCGCCCGCGUUGGUGGCGAUGGUAAAGUGUCAUUCGAAGCAGCUGAACUUGGCAAAGCAGACCGCUCCUGA